AUGUUUGAAUCAAUAAUAACCUCCGAAAACUCUGAUAAUAAUAAUAAUAAUUUCUUGGAUAUUUUUAAUUUUGGAUAUUUUGAAGAUCAAGAAGAAGAAGAAAAUAAGCAAAAUAAUCAUAUUCACAACAAUAAUAACAGUCAAAUUAAUCAAGAUAAUAAAAACCAAGAAAAAAAAUAUGUACCCAAACAUGAUUAUGAUGGAUGUUUCCAUAAUUCAAAUAUUUCAACUUCAGAAUUACUCAAACAAAAAUUUGAUAUGUUAGAAAUUGCAGCUCGGAGUGCUUUGAAGUUAGGAAAUGUGAAUUUGGCUGUAAAUUGUGUUAAUAAAUUGGUAUCAAAUGAACCUGGACAUAUAUUUUUUAAAGGAUUAGUUUAUGCAAGAGGUGAACAAUAUACAGAUUCCAUUCAAUACUUUAUUAAAUAUAAUCAAAUGCGAAAAAAUGAUUAUAAUACAUGGAAAGAAAUAGGAAAUCUUUUUAUUUCUUGUUAUAAUAAUAAUAAUAAUAAUACAACAAAAAAUGAUGAUGAUAAAAAGAAAAAUAAUGAUAAAUCAAAAUUUAUCUUGAAAAUUUCAUUAUUGUGUUUUCUUCAUGCUCAUAAAAUCAUGACAAUAUCAACUUGGUCCAAAAUUAACUUCAUCAAUAAGAGAUUUAAUAAUGAAAAAAUACAAAUAGAAAUGAUAAUAAAUAAAUUAAAGAAUCAAAUAAAUCAAAAAUUACAAGAAGAAGAAAUGAAAGAAAUAAUCACAAUAUCAGAAAUAAAAGAAAUAACAACAGAAAUGAAAGAAAAGGAUUUUAAAUUAAUCAAAUUAGAAUUAAUAGAAAAAUUUGGCUUUGAAAUAGAUUUAAUAAAUUAUAUAUUAAUGGAAUGUAGAACAGGAAUUAAUAUUAAUGAAGAAGAUGAAUCAACAGAAAAAUUGACAAAUCAAUUAUAA